AAAGCCGGAAAUAUCCAGGAAGUGACGCUUUCCCGACUGCUCGGCUCAAGUUCGAACCCCAUGCUUGAAUGGAGGUGACCUUAGUGCUUACUUAAUUUUAUAGUCGGGCAUCUACGCUGCGUCAACACACGCAUUAUUGUACAAAAGUGGUCUUGAGGAAAAAAGAAAAAAAAAAAAAGACAUAUUAAGCAUAGCGUGGAGACAUGGCGGAGGCUCAACAAGCACGCGUCCAUGCUGUGGUGGAGGACAUGGUCCAAAGCCUGGAGAGAGAUCACAUCCGGAAAAUGCAGGCUCGCAUGUUUAAGUGCAGCGCGGACUGCUGCGAUCGGUCGUCAGACUCCAUGUCUCAGGUGCAUCAGUGCAUCGAUAGAUGUCACACUCCCUUGGCCAAGGCUCAGGGCCUCGUCACCUCCGAGCUGGAGAAGUUUCAGGAUCGUCUGACCAGGUGCACCAUGCACUGCAACGACAAAGCCAAGGAUCUCUUCGACUCGGGCGCCAAGGAGCCGGCUGUCCGAUCCCUGAUGGAGCGAUGCGUGGGCAGCUGCGUGGAUGACCACAUGAACCUCAUCCCCAGCAUGACUCGAAGAAUCCAGGAGACACUGGACUCUAUUGAGCAGUGAGACAAUCCUUUUCCAAACAAGAGCGCCGGUGCUGGCGUCAACUAAGCCUGUUGUGGACUGACGUACGUGACACACCAGGAGACGCGCGUCAGAGAGCGUGUCAACGGGUGGCAUCCACAGUAACGCCCGAGGACUCGGUUGGAAUCACGCACCCAGUGUGGAGGCUUCUGUCGCUAAUGUUAAAAGUCCGCCAUCAUUGUUUGUCAUUUUGUUGCAUGUCUGAACGUCCUGCCUCCCACGGUGAGGUUUAAUGUAAGACAGGGGUGUCCAAACUUUUUCCACUGAGGGCCGCACAUGGAAAAAUGAAAGCGUGCGGGGGCUUUUUUUUUAUUUUUCAUUUUCAAACCACAAAAAAAUGUAUGGAUUUUUUUUUUACAUUUAUUUUACCUUUAAGGGUCCCGGGUACCAUAAAGGGUCUCGGUCAUUAAAAUGUUAAAAAUAAGUCAAAUUAUUAUUAUUUUUUUUUAUUUAACUUCAACUUUAUACCAACUUCAAGUUGGUAUAAAGCAGGGGUCGGGAACCUUUUUGGCUGAGAGAGCCAUGAAAGCCCAUCCAUCCAUCAUCUUCCGCUUAUCCGAGGUCGGGUCGCGGGGGCAACAGCCUAAGCAGGGAAGCCCAGACUUCCCUCUCCCCAGCCACUUCGUCCAGCUCUUCCCGGGGGAUCCCGAGGCGUUCCCAGGCCAGCCGGGAGACAUAGUCUUCCCAACGUGUCCUGGGUCUUCCCCGUGGCCUCCUACCGGUUGGAUGUGCCCUAAACACCUCCCCAGGGAGGCGUUCGGGUGGCAUCCUGACCAGAUGCCCGAACCACCUCAUCUGGCUCCUCUCCAUGUGGAGGAGCAGCGGCUUUACUUUGAGUUCCUCCCGGAUGGCAGAGCUUCUCACCCUAUCUCUAAGGGAGAGACCUGGAAACUCAUUUGGGCCGCUUGUACCCGUGAUCUUAUCCUUUCGGUCAUGACCCAAAGCUCAUGACCAUAGGUGAGGAUGGGAACGUAGAUCGACCGGUAAAUUGAGAGCUUUGCCUUCCGGCUCAGCUCCUUCUUCACCACAACGGAUCGGUACAACGUCCGCAUUACUGAAGACGCCGCACCGAUCCGCCUGUCGAUCUCACGAUCCACUCUUCCCCCACUCGUGAACAAGACUCCUAGGUACUUGAACUCCUCCACUUGGGGCAGGGUCUCCUCCCCAACCCGGAAACCAUGAAAGCCAAAUAUUUUAAAAUGUAUAUUCGUGAGAGCUGUAUAAUAUUGUUAACCCAGAAUACAACUGUCAGGUUCAAACACUGAUGACAUCUAUUAAACAAACAAGAAGCAAGGAAUUAAACAGGAACAGGAUUCAGUUUAGCUCAAUGAGGAGAAACGCGUAGACCUGUACCCUUGUACAGUGUCGUCCCAGGCUUUGACAAGAGAAUUCUACGCCUCCUCUUUUAUUUGGACUUUCCCUGAUUACAACAACUAAAUGUGUGCAUCUCUUAUUCUUUUUAAUAACAUUGUUAUUCUGAAGCUAACCAAUAAUAAAUAAAAUACUUUUGACCAUUAAUGCGACUUCUUGAACAGGUGCGAUAGAAACGGAUGGAUGGAUUAAAAUGCAUGAGAAUGUUUUAUAUUUUGAACUUUAUUUUUGACACUGUGAUUACUAGCGGAAUUAUUCAUUACUUAUCGUGUUAAACAAUGUCAGCUAAGAUUCAUCUGAGAGCCAGAUGCAGUCAUCAAAAGAGCCACAUCUGGCUCUAGAGCCAUAGGUUCCCUACCCCUGGUAUAAAGUAAUAAUAAAAAAAAAAAGUUUUAUGGCUUCUUUCAAAAACUACUUUUUUUUUUUUUUUUAUAUAUAUAUAGUAAAACUGAAAUAUGCAGUAUUUAGUAAUUAAAGCCCUAAAAGAUCAAUAAUACAGGACACCAUUGAUUUUAAUUAUAUUUUUUGAUUAAUAACAGUGAAAAGAUAAAUAAAACACCAAUAAAUAUAUUUGGGAUCCAAAGGGUGCCCCACUCAAAGUGAUACAUUUUUAUUAGGUUUUUCUUUUACUUUCAACACAUAAGUCACAUGAUCAAAAUCUAUCGAUUUUACGUUUGAACUAUUAUUAGGUUUUAUGCUCUUUUGUCAAAGAAAACUUUGUUUUUAUAUGGCAACCACACAAUAUAUGCAAUAUUUACAACACAAAACAGUUUAUAGUGAAAUACUUGAAGUAAUUGGAGCCUUGAAAAUAGAUUUUUUUGUCUUUUUUUUUUUUUGGAGCAUUGGCAAACAAAGAAAAACAAAGAAAGACAAAAGAAAAAAAACAGCCUGCAUGGCAGCUUUGUGUCAACAUUGCAACUUUUUCUCGUUAGAUUUCACCUCAUUUCCCUUUUUUUAAGUUAUUUUUUAUAUUUGCAUUAGCAUUUCCAGAAUGUGGCGGCCGGUAAACAAUUAAUUGUGGGCCGCAAAUGGCCCCCGGGACGCAGUUUGGACCCCCCUGCUGUAAGAGAAAUAAACAUGUAACAGAACCACCCUGGUCUUAACUUUUUUUUUUUUGCUCAAAUUGUGGUGUAUGUGUGGGGAAAUCUCAGAACAUAGAGACGGAUUUUCUUAGUUUUUCUCAAGCUGCAGUGCCUCUAAAGACCUCUGUCGCCUGCCUAGAGGAGGUGCAUGUCAUCAUAUAAUAGCCUCAUACCUGCCAACAACUACGGUUUUACCGUAACGAGUGCUGUUUUUGAUCAUCCGUUCCGGUUUACGCCUGCAGUGCUAAAAACUACGGGUUUCAAUAAAAAAUUAAAGCUGCAAGCAGCGUUGGUCGGGUCCGCCUUUGGCUGCUGCCCCCGUGACUCAAGCCCUGGUUUAAAUCAGACCUACAUAGAGGUUUUUGUUUCAUGUCUCUACAACAUUCCUAACAGAAGUUACAAACAGUUUUGGCUGGGUUUUUUCCUAGGGGGCGCAAGAGCGCAAUUUUGAUUUUUAGGGUUUGGUUUUUUAUUAGAUGGCAAUUUUUGCCAGUCCUGAUGUGUGUGUUAAAUUUGGUGAGUUUUGAAGCAUGUUAAGGGGGUCAAAUUACAGAUCGGCGUUUCUGGAUGUUGUUGAUAAAUGGCUUUCCCUUUGCAUAGUAGAGCUUUAACUUGCACUUUGAAGCAUUUUAAGGGGGUCAAAUUACAGCUCAAAGAGGCAAAAAUGAAAUUUUUUUAGGAAAUUUAGGUUCUUUGAAGGCGCGUAAAAUCAAAACCGGAGCAGUAAUCAAAACUCUGUGAACAACAUUUAAUCAGAAGGGUUUAAACUCUCUCCUGUGCAAGUUUGAAGCCGAAACGAUUAACUUACAAAUCGAAGUAAGGUAACUUAACUACAUUUCCCAGUAGCUUGCUGUUUUUUUUAAGUAGCUUGGCAGUAGCUUUGCUACUUUUUAAACAAGUAGAGAAUCCCGUAGUUCAGCUAUUUUUAGACCCAUGUAGUGGGUAGCUGAGCUAUAUGCUACAAAAGAAGCUAAAGACAGAAAUGGACUAGUGGCAGUGUUUUGCAACCACUGGCCGUGAGAAAUUGUCUAAUUCCACCUAUUUGGGGUAAAAAUAUUUUUUGCAAACUAGUAAUUAUAAUCUGCAAAUGAUGUGUUUUUGAGUGUGUGUGCAGUCUAGAGCUCGGCAGAGUAACCGUGUAAUACUCAUCCAUAUCAGUAGGUGGCAGCAGGUAGCUAAUUGCUUUGUAGAUGUCGGGAACAGCAGGAGGCAGCGUCCAGGUAAAAAGGUGUCUGUGGAGAGGCGGAGGCGACGGUCCGACGGCAGGGCAGGGCACGCUGGAGCCCUGCCCAAGAUGGCGGCAAGGAGGCGGAGAAUGGGGCUGAGCGAAGACGCGGGGCGUGCCAGGAGCGACCCUGCAAUCUAAUUCAGGUGCGUGGAUCAAGCACCGGCAGACGAUUAACAUUUCUCCUUAUGGUGCAUAAAAAGAUAGGAGGAGAGAUCGGGGCAGACGGAGGAGAGUCCGCAGCAGAUGCGACGCAGAGAAGACGGCGACGAUGAAAGCGACUGAAGAGCGAGCAGCAGAGGAGGAGCUGAAAAGCAACCUGGCAAGAGAUAGCUUUAUUUGAAAAGAUAAAGAGUCAAACCUGCUCAAA